UUGACUGUUAAGAAAACAAUAGCGCUGCCCUGUGUUGGAGAAUACGCUGUUCUCUCCACUUCAAGUCCAGACACUUGGCAUCUAUAGACAAGUUAGCGACGUAGCCGCUUAAUUUUCCGGACAAAAUGUCAACCACGACCGGCGGUGGGGAGUUCGGGAACCCUCUACGGAAGUUUAAGCUCGUCUUUCUGGGUGAACAAAGUGUUGGGAAGACCUCGCUCAUCACCAGGUUUAUGUAUGACAGUUUUGACAACACUUAUCAGGCAACAAUUGGGAUUGACUUUUUGUCAAAAACCAUGUAUCUAGAGGAUCGCACGGUCCGACUCCAGCUCUGGGACACUGCUGGACAGGAGCGUUUUCGUAGCCUAAUUCCCAGCUACAUCCGUGACUCUACCAUUGCUGUGGUUGUUUAUGACAUCACCAAUCUAAAUUCAUUCCAGCAAACCUCAAAGUGGAUCGAUGAUGUCAGAACAGAGCGAGGAAGUGAUGUCAUUAUUAUGCUUGUUGGAAACAAAACAGACUUGGCGGAUAAAAGACAGAUCACCACGGAGGGGGGCGAGCAGAGAGCUAAGGAACUGAAUGUCAUGUUCAUUGAAACCAGCGCAAAGACUGGCUACAAUGUCAAACAGUUGUUCCGUCGUGUUGCAGCUGCAUUGCCAGGGAUGGACAGCACACAAGAGAAGAGCAAAGAAGACAUGAUCGACAUAAAACUGGAGAAGCAGCCAGAGAUGACUGUCACCGAGAGCAGCUGCUCCUGCUAGUACACCUCACACUCACCGUCACUCCGCCUGCCUCCUCCUGACCAACAGCUUGUCUCUCAGUGGCCACUCUCCCCACCCGUGGUGCAUUGCCAUUGGGAUGGAGGACCUCUUUUUUUUCUUCUUCUUCUUCUUUUUCUUUUUUUUUCCCUUUUCAACUCAGUGACUUUUCACCGUAUCCAAAUGGAUGUGCAUUACUGUAUCGAAGCAGAUUAUAUGGGGAAAUGGGUCCAUAAAGUAAACAUUUAAAAUAUAAAGGAAUAAGUUAAAUAAUAUGUUGAGAUUUCUAUCCAGUUGCAUGGCAUUAUAUUAGCAUCAUCAAUCCACAUAGCUAAAACGCUAAUGAGUUCUUGCACAGCUCAGAAUCUCAGUGCCGUUACUGGUCGUUGUUGUAAGGUAAAACCUUUUGGGGAUAUUUAAAUGACUCUGCCAGGUUGAGUUUUCAGCGUAAUUUAUUUAACUUUGUUUUUCAUUGUUUUGGAAAGGCUUUUUGUUUGAACAUUGAUUAUUUUUGGACUUUGUCUUGUUUUAUUGAUGAAGACACAAAAUCCUACCAGUCAAGUAAAUGUUAUUGCCCAACAGCAUAGCAGCAUAGGCUCAAAUUCACCCUUUUUAAAAAUCCUCCACGUCUAGCACUGGUAAAGUGGUAAUUAAACAGCAUGUAAGUCAAAUAUAUUUGAAUAAUUUGAAACGUUGCUGCAAAGUUUAAGCGAAAUAUCUUGUUUACUUAAAAGGGAAAAAAAAUCCUAGGAUAAUGAGAAUGGUAACUAACUUCAAAAUGUCUGUAUUUAAAGCUAUAGUUACUGACCUUUUCUGACCUUAAUCUAGCUACAUACAUACUAACCUGUUUGAGGAGGAGGCGAUUUUUAGUCAGUAGGUGGCCAAGAGGCUGUAAAACUAACGAGGUUCAUAAUUUUUCCCUGUGUUGAAGGGACUUUUGAACAUUACAUUUCUAAUCAUCUCAUUGAUGACUUGUGUUGUGCAGCAUGCUCGCUCACCAUGCAGGAUUUCCAUGGAUAAUGACACAGAUGCCUUGCUUGUUUGUUCACCGACGUCGUGCACUGAACCAAGCCACAUUAUUGUAAAGAAAUGUUAGAAGCCUGCUGACUGGUUCGUGGCUUCACUCAUUGUUUUUGUAGAGCUGGUAGACAAAAAGAGUCUGUCCCUCAGAUACGACCAACGCUUACUAACACCCUCGCUGUAAAAAAUGUGCCGAGAAGUGAGUUGCAGUUUUUUUUGUUUUGUUUUUUCCCUGUAUUGCCGUUGCCUGUGUAGGACUGUUGGUUCUAUGUGUUUAUUUAUUUUGUAACCUGGAUACACAAAUUACAUUGUAGGCUUAACCAAAAGUACAAAUGCCGGCAUGCAUGAUAAUUUCUUGUUUAUUUUUAAAUAUGUCUGUUGGGACCCCACUGAAAAGUGAUCAUUUUCUUUGUCUCUGUAAAAAAAAAAUAUUCUUGCAGCAUGUUUAGUCAGUAGUUUGGUUUUACCAUCUUCACACACACACACACAGUGUAACACCAACUAACUAGCUAUAGCACAACAAAAGACACUGGUCAUUUGCUGUAGCUUGUGUCAACAAAAAAAAGUACAUUUUAGAGCAGAUUUUAAUGAUUUAAAUAUUUAAUUCCAUCAAAACCAUUUUAACAUAAACAGCUCUCCUACUGUCACUGACUAAAUACUCAAGCUUUGUGCUUUUCUGAAUAGUGUCUGUCCAUUUGAAAUAUGCUGUCUACUCGUGUUUAGCAAUGUUGGUGUGAAUAAUGUACUAUUACUAUCUGAUGUAUAAAAAGGAGAGUUAAUGAAACACAAGUGUAGGCCUAUCACGUGGAAGAAAAUAAAAAAUAUUUCACCAACAU